AUGUUUUUAAAACUCGUCUGUCUUGUUUUCUUUUCCAUUUCACUGCGCUCAAAUGCUGAACAACAACAAGAAUAUGAAGAUUUUGUUAUUCUAUUUUUAAGUCAACCACAUGCUUACUUAUUAUCUAAAUUACAUAAUUCUACACUUUUAAUUCGUUCUCAACAAGAUGAAUUAAUUCAAAAAUACCCAAACAUAAGACUAUCAAUGACUAAUAGUCAUGAUUAUGCUUCUAAAGUAACAAAUUGGUAUACAAUAUAUCCAAUAUUUUCCACACUUUUAACAAAAUAUAGUCAUUUGAAAUUUUUAUUUGUUUGUGAAAUAGAAACGCGUAUAGAUUUAAUUAAAUUAGUAGAUUAUUCACGAACAUUAGCGAAUCUCUCAUUUGUCGGUCAUGCACUCUAUGAUACAGAACCAUCGAUAAUUCAUCAUUAUUCAUUUUCAAAAAAAGCUUAUCCAGAUCCGGCAGCUGGUAUUCUUUUCUCUCGACAAUUAUUGACAACAUUUAUCGAUAAACUUCCAUCACAUUCAAAUAAAAUUGAUUUUAUAAUUGAUAUUAAAUAUGAAUUAGUAGACAUUAUUGAACAAUUAACAAGUAUUAAAUAUUUAGAUCAAUCGAAUUUAUUUUGUAAUCAACAUCGUCCAUCAUUACCAUCAUCAUGUCUAACAUGGAAUGAUUGGUCAAUUUAUAAUUGUCAGUCAUCUCAUAUUCGAUUAAAUCAUCUCUAUUUUGGUAUCAAGACAUUUUUUGAUUAUCAUCAUAAACGUGUAUCGUUAUUGAAAAAAACAUGGUUAAAAAAUAAUUUAAAUUAUAAUUUAUUUAGUAAUAAAUACGAUUCAUCAUUAAAAAAUAUUCUCGUACUUGAUGGAGAAAAUACUGUUUAUGGUCAUUGUCAUAAAACAUUUUCAAUAUUAAAAUAUUUCAAUAAUAGUGUAGAUACAAGACAAAAAUAUUUGAUAAUAGUAGAUGAUGAUACAUUACUCUCUGUAACACGUUUAUUAAGUCUAAUUCAAUGUUUCAUGUUAAAUGACGAUGUACCAGUGAUAUUAGGAGAACGAUAUGGUUAUGGAUCUUAUGAUUAUCCAACAGCCGGUUCAGGUAUUAUAUUCAAUCGGCCAACUGUUGAAUUAUUAAUUGAAAACUGUCUUUGUCCACAACCUGAUACUCCUGAUGAUAUGUUUAUUGGAAUAUGUUUAAAACGUUUAAAAAUUCGUAUUCUACAUGUGAAUGAAUUUCAUCAGGCACAAACAACAGCUUAUUCAAACGAUUGGUUAAAACAUCAACAACCAAUUAGUUUUCAUAAAUUUGAAAAUAUUGACGUUGAACAAACAUAUAAAAUGUAUUUAGAGGAUAAAAUCAUUGAUAACCAAAACAUUGAAUUGUGA